AGCCCGCUCCCUUGGGAGAGGCAAAUGUUUGGAGAAGGAGGCUGGACGCGACGUUUUUGCCCGACCAGCGGAAUGGCGAAGCGGACGGAGAUGGACGGUCUGUCAAAAAUUGUCACACACACAUGCCGAAGAUGUAGAAGGACAACUGGCUGUUCCCGUCCAGAGUCCAUUGUGAAGAAGUAAGCAAGCUGUUGGGAUGGACCGGAACAAGCGCAAUUCUAUCGCUGGCUUUCCCACCCGGCCUGAGCGUCUGGAACACCUGGAUGGCGGGGGUGGGGUUGGAGGGGAGUCAUCGAACACCCAGCUGGGCCGUGUCUGCCCGUCUUCCUACCGGGCGCUCAUCAGUGCCUUCUCCCGCCUCACACGCCUUGAUGAUUUCAUCUGCGAGUGGAUUGGCUCCGGCUUCUUCUCUGAGGUCUACAAGGUGCGCCACCGGGCCUCAGAUCAGGUGAUGGCCCUAAAGAUGAACAAGACGAGCAGCAACCGGGCCAAUAUGCUGAGGGAAGUGCAGCUGAUGAACCGACUGUCGCACCCUAACAUCCUCAGGUUCAUGGGUGUCUGUGUUCAGGAAGGUCAGCUUCAUGCUUUGACCGAGUACAUCAAUGGUGGGAACUUGGAGCAGCUGCUGGACAGCAACAAGCACCUGAGCUGGGCGGAGCGGGUCAAGCUGGCAUGUGACAUCGCCAUGGGCCUCGACUACCUGCACUCCAAGGGCGUGUUCCACAGGGACCUCACCUCCAAGAACUGCCUGAUUAAGUCCGAUGAGAGUGGCUACACAGCAGUUGUUGGGGACUUUGGCUUGGCAGAGAAGAUUCCCAGUGAGAACUCUGAUGGAGAUAAGCUGGCAGUGGUGGGCUCCCCCUUCUGGAUGGCCCCGGAGGUGUUGCGUGACGAGCCCUACAACGAGAAGGCAGACGUCUUCUCGUAUGGGAUCAUCCUUUGUGAGAUCAUUGCACGGAUACAGGCUGAUCCAGAUUACCUUCCCCGCACCGAGAACUUUGGCCUCGACUACCAUGCCUUCCAGAACAUGGUCGGAGACUGUCCACAUGAUUUCCUCCAGCUGGCCUUCAACUGCUGCAAUAUGGACCCCAAGCUGCGGCCCUCGUUCCCCGACAUUGUGAAUAAGCUGGAGGAGAUCCUGGCUCGGCUGCAAUGCCAGGAGGUGGAGCGAGAGCGGAUUCACGCGGGGGUGGCGGACUCUGAACGAAAGGCGGUCUCCAAAGGCCCCAGCGAAAAGAUUCCUGGCAUGAAGCGAUUGAACCCCCUCGGCCUACAGGAUGACAAAAUCCCACCCAAAUCUCCCCGCCCCCGUCGCAACAUCUGGCUGUCACGCAGCCAGUCGGAUAUCUUCUCCCGCAAGCCCAGCCGCAAGGUCAAUGUGCAGGACCCAUACUACAACCCCAUUCCCAGGGUAGCACCAGGAGCUCGCAAGAUCAACCCCUUCAAUGCACGCGAGGACCUCAAGGGUGGCAAGAUCAAGUUCUUUGACGUUCCCAGCAAGUCCGUCUUCUCACUGAUGUUUGACCUGCAUUCACCCUCUGGUAUGGCCACCUCGCACCCCUCGAGCCACUGGCAGCUGCCUGGCCGCCGCUGCCGUUCACUGCCCGUGUCCCCCCAGUUGUCUCGCCUUGACCGACUCUGCCCAGCACCAGGACUCCUCUCAUCCUGCUGCUGCGAACAAGCACAGCUAGUGGUGGAAGGCCGGCCCAAGGCACUGGCCGGCUGGGCCGGGAAGUACGCUGUCGCAGAGAUCCCACCCUACCGGUCCAGGGUGGAGGAAGAUGAGGACAGCUUGUCCCCCCUGCCUAGCGACCGGGGCGAAGCCAUGGACUGCUUCAGCAGCCGCGGAAGCCCCGACAGCAGCAUCAGCCUGGGGGGCGGGGAGUUCCAUUCGGCCGAUGUCCACAACGGCCUCCCUGAGCACGCCUGGGCCUGUGAGGACAUGGAUGCUGAGGAUCAGGAGACCACCUUGAGUCUCUGCCUCUCCAUGGAGCCAGACAGCUCCCCGACUCAGUCAGACUUGGGCCCCAUUGUGUUGGCUCCCUGCAUGGGCCCGGGGUCGCAGGCCGUCCCCACCAAGUGUGACAUCUAGAACGCUCCAGCACAUACAGCUUAAGCAAGAGAGGCCAUUCCUCUGCUCCCAGUUGAAACUAAUAUGACCAUUUUAAUGGACAGCUUGCAGACACAGGAUUUUAGUAUUUAACAUACAGUGGAAGAUGUACAUUUUGUGUCUUGAAUGGAAUAAUCUCAUAACUUUAAAAGCUGGUGUUCAAGAGAGGAAAAGCACAUAGGGGAGAAAGGACCCAGCUCAAAGUGUGUGGAACAGAUUCUGGUCUCUUUAAAGGGCUAUAAUGGGGGAAAAAAGAAAUUGCCACAUGGAUGUGACUUCAAGUGGCCAGAUUUAAAGAAUGUAUUCAAGAAAUGCAUCUCUCUGUCACGGUGUGAACACCCUGAUUUAGCAACCACACCUGCAGAUGUGUCCAGCGCUACAUGUACAGUAUUUAGUUUUUUUGGGUGUUUAGUUUGAACGCAGUGGCAGUCAUCACAUCAUCUUGGAAUUGUGGUUUGAAAUGCCUGUCUUGUGUCCACACAGCAGCACACAGGUUUAUUUCCCUUAGAGGCAUUUCGACUGAGCGCAAAACAUUCAGCUGCUGCUCAUCUUAAUGUCUUGUACCCACCAUAAGUUGAAAGGAGUUAUCUUGUCAUUUUUAUGUAUCCCUAACGGAGGUUUAUCCCAAACAGGCUAUUGAACACUCUUAGCACACAAAGAACUGUGAAAGGCACAGUUGUUUUUCUUUAUACUGCUCUAUUGACAAAAAAUCUGGUUUUAAAAUCCUUUCUCUCUUCAUGAAUGGUAGGAAAAGAAAUUUCCUUUACAGGAUAAUGGCAAAUAAGCAAAAGAAUAGGUGAUUGUUGAUUUUGUAGCUGCAUACUGCCAUUUUCUGCCCUUGGAAUUAUAAAUGACUAAAGUGUUCAAAUGAAAUGACACAAGUUUUAUAAAUUAUUUUGUAAAAUGUUAGGUGCACAUUCCUUAAACUUUUAACUACUAAUGGGGUUGUCUUAUGUCAUUAUAUAUGGAAUGUUUUCAGCUUCAUAAUUUAUAAUAUCUGUUAGGGUGGCAUAUGUAAUCCAAAACCUUUUACAAUAACAAAUUUGUGUAAAAACAAAACUGUAAAUCAGGGCAGCUCAGCUAUGGUCCAGAAGGGCAGAAUCUGCUUACUCAACUUAAGUGCUUAGAAUGAGAGAUGAAACAAGUUCAUUCAGGACAGUAAGCCAGCCCUCCUGAAACACAGCUGACUUUUUUUUUUUUUUUUUAAGAGUAUUUUAGAGAUUCAUAUUACAUCGCUCUGGUUUUAUCGAUUCUAGAGGACAGAGUAACAGAGGAGAAAAUCAAGAUUGAAACCUUAGUUAUUCCAUUUUCAAACCGUCUCCACAGCACUGCAGAAAUACUCGUAUACAUUGACGUGUUCAUUUCCAGGCUGUCUAGGUAGAAUCAUGCGCAAGGGGAUGGGUUCAAGUCAGUAUUUCUUCAUUAACCUGUUAUGCCCUAGAUCUUUUUCACACUUUGACAAGCUCCUCAUCAAGCACACUGAAGGCUACCGAAACACCCAAGCCUUUUACUACUUAAAUUGCACUUGACAGGGAAGUUUAAAUGUGUAUUUAAUCAUGUCUGCUUUCGUCCAGUUUGUCACUACGUUUCUAUGCAAUAAUAUAACUGCAGCAGGAUAUUUGACUUAAGAAUUAUACAGAGAGGAUCUAUUUUGGUAUUUAUAAAGUUUUGCUACGUCUUAUUUCGAUUAUUGUUCAGAAUGUUUUGUGUUUACUUUUUUGUAGAAUGUUGUCUGCUUUUGGAAACAUGUCUUUGGUAGUUUUCUCACCAUAUUCCAUGCAAUUCUUUGUUCUGACGUCCUGGUUGUUUUGGUGAGCACACUGGUUUUAAUAUGUGCCAGAACAAGUGUAUAUUCAAACCAAAGACGUAGCAGGACAAAAAAUUCAUACAUCUAGCUUUUCACAAAUUUUUUUUUUUUAAAGAAAGUUUAAGCAAAUGUAUGUAUUCAGUUGCUUUGAAAUAAAUUGAGAACUCUUGUCUAAAAUUUGUGGUGUGUAGGACUGGGCCUUUUGACAGCAGUUACAUUCAUUCAAGGCCAAGUUGACCUUCGGUGCAGCCAUUGUUAUUUGCCACUGUUUCAU